GCCGCACGCUCGCACGCACGCGCACGCGCUUGCGUGCAUUGACGCGCGCGUGCUCGUCGCUCGGCUCGAGUCUGCGAGUCUCUCUCCUUCCCCGCGCCCGCCGAGGCCGAUGUGAAUGCGUCUCGUCGCGGUCUCUACCAAUUCUCUGCGGGCCGCCUUCGGCAACGCGGCGCGGGGAUGGGUCACCACCAUCAUCAUCAUCGUUAUUACAAUCGUCUUCAUCGUCAUCUUCAACUGCUGCCGCUGCUGCUGCUGCUGUCCGCGUGUUCUACCGUGUUCGUCUGCGCUGCCCGCGGCCAUGGUGAAGGCGUCGUUGUCUUUGAGCCGCUGCUGCUCGGGCAGGAGUCGAGCCCCGGAGGAAGAGGAGCCAGACUCCGUGACAGGGAGCGUGCGGGCCGCCCCCACUCCUCCUCCUCCUCAUCAUCAUCUCCCGGGCAGGAAUCCGCUGGCCUAGACCCGCAGACAUUGGCGGCUAUCUGGCUCUUCUUCUCCACGGGAGACCGGAUCCAUCUCGCCGACGCGCGCUGCACGAAGCGCUUCGAGCUAAGCGUGCCCGGGGCUGCGACUCGCGGCAGCGGCGGCGGUGCGGCAGGGGGGGGUCUCACGCCGGCCCCUGACGGUGCCGCGGAAGCUCUCGCGCACUACGCGCACCUCCUGACCGCCGUGCUCGAGCAGGCUGGGCGGGAGCGCCGCGACGACGCGACCGUGCAGCACGCGCGAUGGUACCCGGCGCUGCUCAGCAGCCUCCUCGAGAGCGACCCGCGCGUGCGGCGCGCCCUACUGGCGUUCGACGGGGCCGGCGACUUCCUGCAGGUGAACCGCGGCUCGGCGCGGGGGGGCAUCGUGCUGCGGAACGUCUCCUCGCUGCCCGCCGACCAAUCUGCCAAGGCGGCUCUGGCCGCUUGUCCCGGUGGCCUCAAAUCGCAGCAGCAGCCGCCGAGAGGACCGCGGAACCAAGCCGGGUUCGCCCAGGGCCUUCGCGAGGGACGCGCCGCCGCCGCCGCUCGCUCGAGGAAGGGCCACGCGGCCGCGGCCGAGAGGGCCCACCUCGUGUGGUCUCCUCCCUACCUGGAGUGCGAGGACGGCAGCUACAGCCCACGCUGGGUGCAGUCUCUCUCCGCCUGUCUGCAGGGGCCCAAGGACGAGCAACACGCGCUCGAGUUCAGGGGCACCCUGAGGCUGGACCUGGACUUACACGGCCAGGAGAUCGAUCAGUGCGCGGAGGAGAGCGCCGGCUGGUUCGCAGGGACGCACCGGUGCCACGCCAACAGCACGCAGUGCGUCGCAGUGCGGGGCCAAGGCUUCCGUCUGGGUGCCUACACCUGCGUCUGCAGGACGGGGUUCUACCGCCCGAAAGCACACGCCAACGACACCGGCGGUGCGCGUGGCGUCGGCGUCGGCGGCUUUGGCACCGACGGUGUCGGCGGGGUGGAGUGCGCUCCGUGUGCCGAGGGCUGCUCGACGUGCACGGACGGCCGGCCCUGCCUGGCCGUGCUGCUGCCCGCCCUGCGCCUGGCGCUGCUCGCCGCCGAGCUGCUGUGCGCGCUGCUCGUGCUCGCCAGCAUGGCCGUCGUCUACCGCUGCCGCAAGAACAAGAACAUCCGCUCCUCCGGGCUCCUCCUGCUGGAGGUUCUGCUCUUCGGCUCCUUCCUGCUCUGCUUCCCGGUGAUCAUCCUGUACUUUGAGCCGGGAGCUCUGCAGUGCAUGGCCCUGCGCUGGGUUCGCCUACUCGGAUUCUCCAUCCUGUACGGCACCAUCACGCUCAAGCUGCACCGGGUGCUGAAGGUGUUCCUGGCGCGCACGGCCCAGCGGCUGCCGUACCUGACGAGCGGACGGGUGCUGCGCAUGCUGGGCCUCAUCAUGCUGCUCGUGCUGUGGUUCCUCACGGCGUGGAGCGCCGCCGCGUGGGAGAACCUGGGCCGCGGCGUGCUGCUCGUGGGCGUGGGCCAGACGGCCGAGGGGCUGCGCUUCACACAGUGCCUGCUCAGCCGCUGGGACUACAUGAUGGCGCUGGCGGAGUUCCUGUUCCUCUGCUGGACCAUGUACCUGUGCUACGCGGUGCGCACCGUGCCCUCCGCCUUCCACGAGCCCUGCCACAUGACGGUCGCCGUGCUCAACGAGAUGCUGCUCUCGCUCAUCUUCCACAUCCUGCAGUUUGUGAUGACCUUCACUCUGCACCCCGACUGGAUGCUGCUCAUGGUGUUUAUUCACACCCAGCUGACGGUGACGGUCACCGUGAGCCUGCUGCUCAUACCCAAGUUCGCCUGCUCCGGAGCGACGCUGCGGGACGACAUCGCCGCGGAGGCGUACGAGGACGAGCUGGACGUGAUGCGGCGCUCGGGCUCCUACCUCAACUCCAGCAUCGCGUCCGCCUGGAGCGAGCACAGCAUGGACCCCGAGGACCUGCGGGACGAGCUGAAGCGGCUGUAUGCGCAGCUGGAGGUCUACAAGGGCCAGAAGAUGCUCUCCAACAACCCGCACCUGCAGAAGAAGCGCAGCUCCAAGAAGGGCCUCGGCCGCUCCAUCAUGCGCCGCAUCACCGAGCUGCCCGAGAACGUCGUGCGGCAGAGCAGCCGCGAGGAGCGCGACCGAGGGGGGGGCAGCGGCGGCGACGGCCACGGGGCGGGGGGCUCGGCGGGCUCCGCGCACGGCCCCCACACGCCGGGUUCCUGCAAGCGGGUGGCCAUCGCCGCCGGCACCGUCGCCACCGCCGGCGUCGCCGCGGUGCCUUCGCCCACGGCGGAGGUGGCGAAGGGGGGGAGGGCGGAGCAGCAGCAGCAGCGGUCAGCGACAACGACCGGCACCACGAACCACAAGGCGUUUGCCCUGCCCAAGUCGUACAGCUCCUACGACCACUUGCUGGAGCAGUCGGAGCCCAGCUCCGCGUCGACGUCGGAGAAGGCGGAAGUGGAACCGCUGCCCGGGGCGGGGGUCGGCUCCGGUGACGUAGAGGCGAGCUCCCCGCGGGACAGGUCGGCUCCCGGCUCGGUGUUGGCGUCCGGGAAGGAGAUGAGCCCGGACGGGGAGGCGCGCGGCGAGAGCGAGUCGGUCGACUCGGCGCCGCUCGUGUGCCGCUCGGCCAGCGCGCACAACCUGUCGGCCUCCGACAAGAGGUCUCCAUCGUCCGCGGUGGGCAAGCACCACCACCACCACCAUCACCACCACCACCACAACCACCACCACUCGCUCAAGCCGUCGCUGCUGCAGAAGUCGCUCAGCCUCAUCAGCGGCGCCAGGGAGAGGACGGCCGCCCUCUCGGGCAAAGUGGGCGUCAGCGAAGCCAAGACGGACGAGGCCAAGGUGGCGACGACUCCCGUGGUGGCGGCGGUGUCGGAGGCCGUCGGCCGGAAGGACCACGCCGCCCAGGAGGAGACGAAGACCGCCAAGGUUCCGGCGGCCGCGGCCACAGGGAUUAAGCGCACUGUCGCCGUCGCUGCCGCCGCAGCGGCCGCCACCAACGAGGCCAAGGAGCGCGUGAAGGCCUCAAGCCUCAAGUCGCGGCAGGAGGAGAGCCCGCGGCCGCAGUCACCGCAGACGCAUCACCCGCAGCGCAACUCGUCGGAGGAGCGCCACGGCGUGACGUUCGCCGACAACACGCCGCGGCCGGAGGAGGAGUACAACCGCGAGGAGGUGUGCCCCUGGGAGUUCCAGGGCAUGGCGUCCACGCCGCCGCCCCCCCCUGACCCGUUGCGCCCGCAGAAGCACGUCUCCAUCGCGCCACAGAAGCACACGUCCAUUGCCGGCGCGCGCUACCACAGCUUGGACAGCACCCAGUUCGCCGGGAAGCUGCCCGAGGUCGGCCGCCACAGGGCGGCACUGGCGCCCGUGCGUCACCAGAGCCUUACGGAGGUGGUCAGCGGCGGUGGUGGCGGCGACAGCGUGAGCGGGAACGGCGCCGCGCCCGAGACGGCCGCGGUGGCUGAGACGAAGGCGACGCCGCCGCCGGCGAGUAGCCCCGAGGACGGCACCAAGAAGCUCAGCCCGACGGCCGAAGCCGUCAAGCCGGUGCCGGCGCAGGCGGUCGGCGCGACGCCGCAGGACAAGCCAGCGCCGGCGGCGCCGGCGGUGGUAGCGGCGGUGGUCCGUGCCGACGUCUGCCCCUGGGAGGUGCAGCCCGGGGAGGCGGACGAGCCGACGGGCGCGGAGGUCGGCGACGGCUCGGCCCGCAAGCCGGCCGCCAACCUGGGCGACAUCUGCCCCUGGGAGCUGGAGGCGGAGAUUCCCUCGUCCUCGUCGGGCCGCGCGGUGCACGGCCUCACCGUCUCGCCCACCGCCGCCGACGCCGCCGCCACAAUGACGCCCGAGGCGCCGGCGUGCGACAGGUCCCCGGGCGGCGGGAAGUCGGCGGCGGACUCGGCGCACGAGCUUGCCGGGCACCCGAAGCCGCCGGCGAAGUCGUUGGGCUCGGCGUUCAAGAGCCUGGUUUCGGGUGGCAAGAAGAGGGACAAGGGAGGAGCGGAGCGUCCCAAUCACCCGGGGGGCCCUGGCAACGACCGGGUCAGAGCCGCCGCGGCCGCGGCAGCCGCGCAGGGGACGGCCAAGCCGAGAGAGGGCGACCGAUCGAAAAGAUAAGGGUGGCUUUUCACGAAAUCAAACGCAAGAGAACAAUGGGGGGACGACGCUGCGCGAGGAAGCGCAACUCCCGUGCAGAAACCCGCCCGCGAACGCCCGUCGACUGCGUCGGCUCGGAAGAUUGAAUGUGGCGGCGCUCUGGCAGGACUGGUUUUAUGCAUGCAAAUAAAUCGGGACCUACGAGCCUCUGGGGGCCGUGCAGUGACUGUAGCGCAUUAGGCCGUGGGUGGGUGGGUGGGACCUGUGUUCAGUGCCUGGGUAGUUUUCCGUGCAGAGACGUGCGUGUGCGUUCGUGCGUGAUUCUCCCGUCCACUCACCUGUACAAUCGGUUUUAACGGCGACAGCCUUUAUCUCUCCCCCUCUUAGGAAAAAAGUAAAACCUGCCCGUUCACUACAUAUUUCUAUGUAUGCUGUACAUGUACGUAUGUAUAUGCAAUACGCAGUUUAUGUGUAUGUAUAUAUGCAGUUUACGUCUGGAUACAUCAUAUGUACAUAUAUGCUGUGUGUAUAUGUAUAUAGCGUGUGUAUUCAUACACAGAAUACAUGUACCGUAAAACCAUGGCUCUUUUUUUUUGUUAUCCGUUGAGUUUACUUUUCGUUGGCGACGAGUAAUAACCACGAACAGCAGCACGUGGCGGCCAUUGCGAGCAGCGUCGCGCGUCGCCAUGUGAUCGUCACGUGUGUGUGCGUCACUUUUGCAUGACGCACUGGGCUCCUCCCCCCUCCCCACCACCGUUAAAAAUCGUUCACGGAAUCAUGACAGUGAAAGAUCGGCACCUUCUCUCUCGAUGUCAGUGUGUAGCCGGGCAGUGCCGAGCCACCCCAGGGCCCUGUCCUGACUUGGGGGUGGCUCGGUAGUGCUGGCUCCGUGAGAGCCCACGCUGCCAAGCGAGACCCCGGGACCAAAGUGUCUUCGGUCAAAUCACUAGCAUAUCUUCUGCACCCCCCCCCCCCUCAACCCGGUCUUCACCCGUUUAGCCGCGUUCUCCGCUCGAUGAAAACAGAGUGGCGUGACACCGCACGCAUCUAUGCACACGUGGACGUUGCUGGAGGAUCGCUUGUCGCCGCGUGGCUACGAGCGUCGUGGCCCACCGUUGUUUUUAGAUCCCCCGCGUUCCCAAUGCGGGCAGCUGGCCCUGGUGAAACCAGGCUCGCCAAGGACGAGCGAGCGAGAGAGGGAGGGAGAGGUGACGAUGAUCUCAGCCUAAACACCAAUGCCUGCACAAAACCUCACCGUGCGUUUUGUCCUUGAUCGGACCAUCACCCCGCUCUGGCGACAGAUCGACCCAUUGGCAAUUUGAUUUAUGGCUAAAACCGCCCUUCGCCAAGGAAGCGCAAACGCCGUUGAGUUUCAGGAUCGGCCGAACGGAUGACCCCCCACCCCACCCCGAGUGUUUCUGUGGCUUCCACUUAGCCCCCAUUGUGUCCUACAAUAAAGCACAGGCUGCCCUUACACUGAUGGAAUUCUCAGAGCGAAGCCUUGACUUCAGCACUUUCCUUUUGUAGAUCACUCCCCUAACCGUGAUGUUAUUGUCACGUUUCACUGUCGUCCAGUUUAGACAAUCGCUUUGUUUUAUUUAUUUGUGCGACCGCCCCCUCGAUUAUCUGCGGUUUAUGGGGGAGCAGGAGAGCGUCGGCGGGCGACACGGAUUAAACAAAAAGACGGAAUAACGCAGAAUCCGUGUCAAUUUGGCAAAGCCAUUGUGUCCAUUGCCAACCGUUAAGGGUCGCGAGGACAAGGACCUACCCGUUCUGUCGUCGACGUGAUUGCGGUCACACGGGCACCCAGUCCCCCAGACCCCCUCGACGAUCGAAAGGAGUCGCAAAAAAUACAAAGCGUGCGAGAGACGCAAACGGGGACCGUUAAUCUGCCCGCGGAUAAUCGAGUUGAGGUUUAUUUCUCCCCCUUCCCCGCCUGUCUUCACCGCACUGCGUUUCCCCAUGACGUGAAUGGUCGGAGCGUGGCUGCCGCCGUGCGUUGUGGUUCGCGUCUCUGCUUCUUCCCACUUCCCGCUCGACAUCGUUUCUCAGGCCAGAACGGCGGCGUGCGCUCAUGGUGUUCGGCCACGUGCGCUCGCUGUGUUCAGCGGCCUCACCGUUCCUGCCCUCGCGGGCGCGCGGCGACCGCCUGCUCAAGGUGUUGGCGUCGGGCGUGGAUUUUUGUUCUGAUGAUUAUCAUCAUUAUUACAACAGAUCGAGGUUUUGCAGAGUUGGGCACUGCUCCGCGUUUGUUCCGCCCUGCGUCGUUAUCAAGGGGGUGUGGGUGGGAGGGGGAAUGAAACGAGUUUCGUAUGUAGCGUUUAAAGAAAAUAUGCAAAAUACAACCAAAAUGAUGAAAACCAUGCGUUGGCGAGCUUAAGUAUGAGAGGCAAUGCUGAAUGUCGUAUGGUAAAUGUGUAACGCAUGAAUGGGUUUUUAGUAACCGUGCGUUAAUUUGUGGUUGUCCUCGUAUUACCGUUGAUGUAAUAUAUUAUAAGUCUUCCCGAUGGUGACUUUGCCAGGCACAGAUUUCCACUCACAAUGAGGCUAUAACCACAAAGGUCAUGUUCCAUGUUCAAGUCCAUCCGCAAAAUUAAUGCAUGCUCUUAUGACAGCGCUCCCAGCAAUGGAAACCCACUAGAUAAGGCAACUUGCUGGAGUGAAGAUGUUCUGCUUCGAUGGACUUUCAUCCAGAUUCAGGACUGUCGGUCAGUUCUUGGUGAUGCAUGCUGGCGCAUACUGGUAGUUGAUUGAAAUGUGGAGUUGGUAAAUACCAACCGAUGCAUCGAUUUGGCGAUUAACUUAUGCUUCGGUCGCACCUGCAGGACGCACGUGUACAAUCACGUGACAUCACGGUUUUUUCAAUGUACGCGUUUCACGUAACGGGUUCGUACGACCAGUGCAUCCACUCGAGGCGCUUAAUUCGCUGCAAAUCAAUCCUUGAAGCGAUCAAUCAUGAUCAUUUGCCGAGUAACUUCCGCAAUAACCACCGGUGUUCUGGACUUCUCACGACACGGAGCUUUUCCAAGGGCCUUGUAUUCUCCCAACCCGGUACAACCAGCGCCCUUCGCGUAAUCACUCCGUCAAAGAUCGCUAGCGCCCACGGGUCCCCAUGAAAAACGUGUAAACCCCCCGGGAGGUGCACGCAGCGACAGCGCGGCGAGCAACAAACGUGGCGUGAACCCGCCACGCCGCGCACGGUCACCAUCGGAAGGACGGAGCGACGGCCACGGCGAACGACGACGGGAAGGCGCUUGGGGCCGCGUGUCUCAAAAGUCGAUUUUAGGGCAACGGUGGCCACCAGUAAAUGGGCAUUUACUAGGAGCAACUACGGCAACUGGGUACGGCGGUGGCACAGUGUGACGGGUUCUGUAUGGCCGAUGAAAAACAGAGUUUGUGCAAGUGUGUGUUUUUUUCACGAAUGCUCUCCAGAGUGCACACAACCCCUCGGGUAGUCAGGCGACCUCUGGUGAUGAUCCGAUUGGAAGUUUCCAUCGCCACGCCGGCGAUUUGCUCAAAUUUCAGGUCACGGCAUUUUUUUGCAGAGCAGAAAACGGUCGCAAGUGCUGCCAACGAGGUCUGCGUGAGCGGAGAGGUCCAGGCGGACGACCGGGCACGUCCUCCAUCCCUGGCAGGCUUCGUUCCCCUCUCAAACCAAUUGAGCGACACGCCGCUCGCUUCAUUCCUUGUCGCCUCGCGACAGCUCGCCAACAAACAAAACGGGCCACUCGACUCCUCGACCGCUUCACCCGACCCAAUGGUCACGCUGCGGGAGGAGUUCGAUCCGUCAGGCGCCGGCCUCUCGCCGCUGCAAUCCGCUGCCGUUGUUUUUAUUUUUAACGACGCCCCGUGGUUUUUAUUUUCUUUUAAAAGUCAAACUACGGGCGGGGUCCUCAACACACUCGUCUUGUCGCUCCGGUCGGGAAAGAAUCCUUCCGCGCAAGCUGUGAAGUUGGGUGGUGUUUUUGUGGGUCUUGGGGAAAGUGCAUGCUGUUGUGCCCGACUGGUAGGGUAGGGCGGUGGGACAUCUGUGACGCCUGCAGUCUUUUCUAGUUGUUAAAAACAAACGUUCCCCCCUCAACACGCUGAUUUGUCGUCAAUAUUGUUACCGCACCGUUAGCCAUUACCACUUCUUAUAUAUUACAAACGAUAUACAUACUGUAACAUUGUGCAAUAUGUUUGUGAUAUUGUGAGGAGAUAAAAGUGCUUUACACAAAAAAGAAAUCCAAGUCCCACAAGUCCAAUGGUUUUUCCUCUUUUAU